GAUUCAUCUUUGUAAGACACGGUGUCUAGGCUGAUUGGAUACGAGAAGUGCUAGCAAAGGGUCUCGUCCCCUGCUAAACAAGUGAGCUGAGCUCCGCCAAAAUCGUUCCUCUUCUACCUGGCUGUGUCCCAAAAGAGUUAUCGAAUGCUUUGGGUUGAGGGCGACAAUUAUUAACAUUUGAAACAUCUUGGGCCGCACGUCCAAACCUUGAUUCAAACUUAAUCUUGAACUUUUUCUCUUCAUAUAAACUAACGUCUAAUCCAACUUAAGAUAGUAUUUUUCUUGAAAUUCAUUGUCUUAUUACACUUGUGUUUCAUUCCAUUACUUCUUACUAACUUUAAUUUUUGUUUUGUCUCUAAAUGUGGCAUCAAUCUUACGAGGUGUGUUCCAUAUGCUCCAUGGUUGGUCAUUCAACUGAGACAUGUCCAAGCAUCCAAUAUCAAGGAUACUACGAUCAAAAUACCAUGCUUGGAGGAUUUCAAGACAACCAAGGACAUUGGAAUAAUUACUAUUCACCUCCAUACAAUCCGGCAUGGGAUAACUCUCCUUAUUCUUCGUGGAACAACAAUCCAAACAUGCAACAAGGAUCUUUCAAUGCGUUUGACGCUUCCAUAUGUUCAUACCAUGAUUAUAGGCCACAAUCACCUCCUCCUCAAAACUCAGGUAUGUCUAAUAAUUAUGAUGAGAUGAUUAAGGCUCUAAAUGCUGCAACUCAAGCUGUGAUUCAGGAACAACAAGCUUUGGAUGCUUCUAUACAACAAGCUCGUGAGAAUGAUGAUGAUUGGGCAGAAACUCAAAGGCGUUGGGAGAUCUUUAUAUCUCAAGAGCACCCUUCUACACUAAUGGUAACUUUAGAGGAGUUCCCAACAACUAUGGCUUUGGAUCAACCUCAUGAUGCAUUCAAUGAUUCAAGCUAUGCUGAGGAUGAAAUAAGGGAUUUGGAUGAGUCUUAUGAAGAGCAACGCAAUGUUGAGACAUGUGAGGACUACGAACUAUGUUGCAUAACCGAGCUUGAAAAAUGGGAAAUGGAAGAUCCCUUUGAUGAUGAUGAUGGAUCCUUUCAUGGAGGAAGUAAGGAUGAGCUUCAUGCAAAUGUGUCCCAAGUGCCUGAAACAAUCAUGUUACAUCAUGAAGAUCCAAAAUGUUACGUAACCACAAUGGAGAAUUGCUUAAAAGGGGAGUCCGUCAAGGCUUCUACAUUUGGACCUUUAUUGCUAGCACAUGGAAGACAACAUGAUUCUUCAACACCUCAUUCAAGCUCUACACAUUUUCUCCCCAUCCAAGAAAAGUUUGAGUUUGUUGAUCAUGUGGAGAUGGUGAUACGUGAACAUGUCAAAUCAGAUAAGGAGGUCAUUCUUGCCGUGAUUGUUAAACUUAAUAAAAGAUGGAGACAAUGGAAGAGGAGACAGGAAAAGAGAAGCAUCAAAUCUUAUCUUCCCAUUGCUCCCAAGUUACCUAAGUUGCUAGAAAGAGACCAUGAAAUAUCUUUGAAGAAGCUUAAGCAUCUGAUCGAACCGCAGCCUAAACCUCCUGAUUACGCUUAAUUGGCGGUGCAAACAUUAAGAAAGGCAAGGAAAUUUCCUUCCUUCUCUCCUUUUUACCCCAUUAUCACUUCUUUUGGAGUCCAUAUUGCACGGAGCUUAGGUUUUGGAAGUCAAGGCCUUGUGCCUUGAAGUUGGUGUCUAACUUCGGUCUUCCCCAUAGGUCGUGAGCAUUGGGAGGUCUUCAAGGGGGAGCUUUUCUAUAAUCUUUCUUAUUCUUUCUACUUGCCUUUUGGAUUUUCCUUCUCUAUGCUUUUCUUGUGCAUUGUGAGUUAUAUUGCCAUACGUUGAG